AUGACAUUGGAAGAGAAGGAGAGGAUGAUGAUGAUGAUGAUCAGGAAAAGCCCUGAAGAAAAUCUGCAAAUAGAAUCCAUUACCAAUGAUCCCUUCAUUUUCUCUGCUACAUUACCAGCUUGGAAGUUGUAUGAGAAUCCUUUUUACACAAACAGCAGUAGUACUCCUCAAUUUCCAACUCAAUACCAAAUCCAUCCAACAAAAACCAACCAGCAGGACCAGAAUCACCAGCCGGAGAAGCGAAUUCAUCGUCUGCAGCUUCCCAUUUCCACGAGGAAGAUAUCGGCAUCAUUCUGGGAUCUUACAUUCAUCAAGCCAUUGAUGGAAUCCGAGCUUGAGCUGGCUCGAGCAAAGAUCACAGAGCUGAAGGCCGAGCUGGAAAGGGAGCGAAGGGCGCGAAAGAAAGCCGAAUCCGCGAAUAAGAAGCUUGUAAGAGAAAUGUCAGAGGCAAAGAAAGGGAAAGAAUCACUUGAGAAACUCUGCCAAGAGCUUGCGAGAGAAAUAUCAUCCGACAAGGCGGAGAUGGAUCGAAUGCGCAAAGACAUGGAAGCUGAGAGGAAGAUGUUACACGUGGCAGAGGUUUUGAGGGAAGAGCGCGUCCAGAUGAAGCUCGCAGAUGCCAAACUUGCACUGGAAGAAAAGCUGCAUGAGCUCCGAGAACCCUUUUCAUCAUCAUCAGAGGGCUCCAGAUUGAAUAGGCCUAAUCAGCCAUCAAAACAAGCAACAAAUCAUCAUCAUUAUAGUCUUAAUCAUAUCUCUUCUGGCUGUGGAGAUGAGGUGAAAUUUUCGGGCGUUUUGGCUGAGAAAACAGAUUGUGAUAAUCUCAGCAACAUUGAUUGUGCUAUCAUUAAUGCCCCUUCCUCAACCAAUUCAAGUCAUCAGCCAGAAAAUCCACAUAUCAGAAGAGGGAUCAAAGGAUUUGUGGAGUUCCCAAAAGUGGUUAAAGCAAUAGGUUCAAAAAGCAGCAAGCAUUUUGGAACCAAGUUGGAGUGUCAAAAAGCUCAGCUCAGGACGUUACUGCUGAAUAGAACAAGGAGCAGCCCCAUUGCUUCAUCAGCAACUAAUUAA